AUGCCUGCUUGGUGGGGUAAAAAAUCUCGGCGGAGCAAAGAUUCGGAAAAUUCUCCCAACAGCUCGUCGUUGAAGAACGAGAAGAGAGAAAAAGAUAGUGACAAGAAAGUCGGGAGCUUUGACGAGGUCUUGCUACAGCAGCAAUCUAGAAAUUCGCCUAGAAACAGUACGGAAUUUUCGGGUGGGGGAAGAGAUUUAGGAGCCCGUAAUUUAUCUGGGUUUGAUUCGGCAUCGUCUCUGGAUAGAGGGCUUCCCUUGCCCAGGCCUGUGGAGACACCUAACGAUACUUUUCACGGGCCGGGUUGUGGAUCUGGGUCGGGCUCGGUCUCGAGUGUUAGCUCAUCUGGGUCUUCCGAUGAUCACGCCCAUGGUGCAGUUGAUCACGCUGCGUCUAGAGGAUAUGGGGGAAACAAAUUGAGCCCUUUAAUGAGAAGCCCAGGUCAAGGGUCGAGGAGUAGCACAACUGCCACAUCGCCUCUUCAUGCACGAUUUAAUGGUUUAAGUUUGGACCCUCCAGCUGUAAAGCUGGACGAUGGGAAGGCUGAGCUUCUUUAUAGACUCCCUCUCCCACCGAGUCCUCAGGCAAGUCCAUCUGCUUUACCAACCACAAAAAGUCCUGGGAAACAUGAAAGCUCGAAUGGUAACUCUCUGAAAUGGAGGAAAGGGAGGCUUCUAGGUAGAGGCACUUUCGGGCAUGUCUACCUUGGGUUCAACAGUGAGAACGGGCAAAUGUGUGCAAUAAAGGAAGUCAAAGUUGUUUCAGAUGAUCAGUCAUCAAAAGAGAGUCUCAAGCAACUGAACCAGGAGAUAGCCUUGCUAAGUCAGCUUUCACAUGCUAAUAUCGUUCAAUACUAUGGAAGUGAUCUGAGCGAAGAAAGAUUAUCAGUUUAUUUGGAAUAUGUUUCGGGAGGUUCCAUCUUCAAAUUAUUGCGAGAAUAUGGGCCGUUUGGGGAGCCUGUAAUACAAAAUUACACCCGUCAGAUUCUAUCUGGUCUGGCCUACUUACACGGACGCAAUACAGUGCAUAGAGAUAUCAAAGGAGCAAAUAUUUUAGUUGAUCCCAAUGGUGAAGUAAAACUUGCUGACUUUGGCAUGGCAAAACAUAUAUCUUCCAGUUCUUCAAUGCUAUCUUUCAAAGGAAGCCCUUACUGGAUGGCACCUGAGGUUGUCAUGAAUACCAAUGGGUACAGUCUACCAGUGGAUAUAUGGAGCUUAGGAUGCACGAUUCUUGAAAUGGCAUCUGGUAAACCACCUUGGAGCCAAUAUGAAGGGGUUGCUGCUAUAUUUAAAAUUGGGAACAGUAGAGAUGCUCCAGAAAUUCCAGAUCACUUGUCCGCUGAUGCCAAAAGUUUUAUAAGGCUGUGUUUGCAGAGGGAACCAUGUUCGAGACCCACGGCAGCCCAAUUACUUGGUCACCCUUUCGUCAGAAACCAAACCACAGCUCGAGCUACUAAUGUUAAUAUCACUAGAGACGCUUUUCCCCGUGCCUUUGAUGGAAGCCGCACCCCGACAGGACUGGACAUGAAUUCCAGCAGAAUGUACAGUUCAUUCGAAAGAGAAGAUUCUUCGCUGUUAACAAUACCCAGGACCCUAGUGAGCCCAAGCAGGGAUAACAUAAGGACAAUAUUUUCAUUGCCAGUGUCCCCAUCAUCAAGCCCCUUAAGACAUCAAGGGGCUUACAAGAGCUCUCUCCUCUCCCCACCACAUCCGUCCUAUACUUCAGUUGGGCCAAGCAGCCACAGUUAUGGUGAUCGCUUGGUAUCGCCACUGAGGCCCAACUCGAGAACCUCGCUCGACCUGUGGCCUGAAACCCCACAACUUAGACCCCAGGCGCCUUUUAGAUCCGACCUCUCGAGGACCAUUUUAUAG